AUGUCUAGAAAUUACUGUAUACCCGCUUAUUUAGUUUCAACUGUACUCCUACUGGCAUUAGCAGGAAUUAGCUCUACAGCGCAAGAUUUCAAGGGAGAGUUUCAUGGAGCAUCGUGUACUGGUAGCCUGUCAGUGGCUGUUUGCAUAGUCAGUGAAAAUUUUACUACAUUGACCUCGUUACAACCAUUUACUGAAUAUGAAGUCGCUAUUUAUGCUAAUACUGAUGAUGGCCAAAAUUCCAAAACAGUUUUACGCAUCAAGACUAAUGAAACAACUCCAUCCCAGCCAAUUAGUAACUUGAAUGCAUAUCCUAUCAAUGCUACAAGUAUUCGUUUAACGUGGGAUCCACCAGCUCAACCAAAUGGAGUUAUUGCUUAUCGCCUCUAUAUAUCCAAUAAUAACUUAUCAAGGUUUCAAGCUUGUGAUACCAAUCAGACCUUUUGUAAUAUUGUUGAUCUACAAGAAGAUCAUAAAUAUCGAAUAUCAGUGACUGUGUAUAAUAUAAAAUAUAAUCUGAUCCAUCCUACUGAAAUUAUAACAUCCGUAAAAACACCAUCUGCGGCUCCAAGCGCACCUCCUUCUUAUGUUAGAUUAAAUGCAUUAGGAGUUGAUUCAAUUAUGGUAAAUUGGGACUUACCUCCUCAGAUAGACAGAAAUGGUGAAAUAAUCUCUGUUACCGUUCACUAUGGAAUAAGUUACAGUAAGAAUAUGAUAUCGAUGACGGUCCCAGCCAGGCAAAGAUCUUUAAAGUUGACAAAGCUACAGACUUUUACGUUAUAUUCCUUCAAAGCAACAGCAGAAACAGUUAAUGGCAGCGGGCCAGCGAGUCCAUUACAACAAAUUCUUACUGAUCAAGACACACCAACUGCAAGCCCUCAUCAUCCUAAAGUCUUUGAUGAGACCAAUACUACUGUUAUGUUAGCCUGGCAGGAUCCUGAUCUCCAACAAUUAAGAGGAAUUCUUCAAGGAUACUACUUACAUAUUUUGGAUCGAGAUUUUAAUAUUUCACGUAAAGUCAUUGUUACAAAAGCUAAUAGUAAUAUCAGUGAUGGAGAACGUCGAUAUAAAGUUCAAAGGUUGAAACCAUACUCAAUGUACGAAUUCGCGUUGCAAGCUUAUACAAGUGCAGGUUUAGGACCAAUUGGCCGACCUGGAAUUGGAAAAUUACGAGAAGGAAUUCCAACCGGCCCUCCAACCAACAUUACGGUUGAAAACAUUGAUAACGGUCGAAGAAGCAUAUUUAUUCUCUGGCAGCCACCACUUCUUGAAAAUCGCAACGGUUUUAUCACCAAAUACUGCAUAAUUAUUGCAGAAGAAGCUAAUCAUACGCUGUUUUACAGCGAUUGUAUUACAGUUGAUGGCAAUCCAACUGCAAAACAAACUUUACUGGUGACAAACUUAAAACCUUGGACAUACUAUCAGAUCAAAAUUUGUGCUGCAACAGCGAUUGGAAAUGGAAAUUUUAGUUCUCUUAUUUCUCACAGAACACAACAGUGGGCGCCUUUUAGCCCUCCUAGGAAUAUCACAGCCGAUGCUGUAUCUGCUUCCGAAAUUAAAGUAAACUGGCAAGCUCCUAAGCUGCCGAACGGCAUUAUUGCCUAUAAGUUAAUAAUGUAUCAGAGCAAUGAACAAGCGAAACAAGUUUAUAAUGGCUAUAAAACUACAUUCAGUGUCAAAAAUUUGAGGCCAAAUAGGUGGUAUACAUUCUGUGUUUAUGCUUAUAACGUUGGUUAUAAUCUGCUUGGACCAUCUAGUCAAAACGACAGUGCCAAAACACUUAAAGAUCCGCCUGGUUCACCGGUUAAUUUGUCUGUCAUAUCUGAGACAUUCGAUAUCUUAACUGUAUCAUGGCUCCCACCAGAGUUUAAUCAGGACAUAGCACUUGCAACCUUAUAUGAAUUAUUUUAUCGUAGUACACAAUCAUCAACGUGGUCGAUAAUAAACUUGAAUGAAACACGAGCAGUUAUUCCCGGCUUACAUGCCUACACAGGAUACGAAGUCAAAGUUAGAGCGAUUAAUCCUGCAACUAAUCCAUCCGAAGGAAAUUUCAGUAAGCCUCGCAUUAAAUUCACGCAACAAAGUGGUAAGUUUCUCCAUUGCUUUAUACGAUUUUAUGCAGCUCCAUCGGCAUCACCAAGACAUAUAAACGCUACUUUAACUGAGCCUUCUAGCAUUUUAGUAUCCUGGCAAGAAUUAAUUCGUCAGGAACGAAAUGGAAUCAUAAUCGAAUAUCUUAUCAAGUAUAGUCAUACUCCAAAUCAAUCUAAAGAGGUUCAAAGCCAUGAAAUUCGAGUGAAUCGCGAUGUAAGCGAAUAUACGUUACAGGAUUUAAAAUAUUUCACCAAAUACUCGAUACGACUCGCGGCAAGCACAUCUGCGGGUGUAGGCCCCUUUAGCCAACCUAUCAAUAUUCAAACCAAUCAAAGUGCACCUGCUGCAUCACCGAAAAACGUAAUUAUUGUAGUCGAAAGCUCAACAAGCAUGACCAUUAAUUGGUCUCCACCGCCAGUUGAUAAACAGAAUGGGGAAAUUAUAUCUUAUAAGGUACAAUACCAAGCUAAAGGUGAUGAAUUAGCAACGAAGAUUUCAGUCAAAGGAUCCGAUCAUAGUUGCAAUCUUCACAAUCUAACAAUUAACACUCGGUACUUCGUGCAAGUUGCAGCUGCUACCAUUAUUGGAACUAGCCAAUUUAGCGAAGUAGUGGAAGCUAAAACUAACGAAGACGUGCCUUGGAGCCCUCCCACUAAAUUUAGUGGAUCUCCUAUCGAUCAUCAAUCAGUCAAUGUUUCUUGGCUCCCUCCUGAUAAACCAAAUGGGCAAAUUAUUGGCUAUAAACUUCGAUAUAAUGAAGAAAGCUUAAACGAGAUCACUUAUGUGAAUAUUUCUAAUACAAUUUCAUAUCAAGUUAAGGAACUUAAACCUAGUACCAGCUACUACUUUUCUGUAGCAGCUUUAACAGCUGUUGGUGAAGGCAUAUACACUAAUCCUCUUCGAAUUACUACGAAACGUUUAAUUUAUCCAAGCCCACCUAUGCCAGCAGCAGUCCCACCUAUUAUUGUAAUUAUUAUUAUAUUAUCAUUUUUGGUUGUGGUUACACCGAUCCUUUUAAAUCUGAACUGUACUGCAAAAUUUCUUAAAAAAUAUUCUAAAAGCAUUGCGAAUUUUAUCGAAGAGGAAGUAAAGACUAUAUUAAGCAAGGAUGAUUCUACUUCUGAAUCAUUACGUUUAAUUUCGUCUUACGGAGAAAAAGAUGCUACACUAACUACUAAAAAGUACAUUCAGAAAAUUUAUGAAAUAGUUGAAAAAAAGAAGAAGGAAUCACCGUCUCCUCCGGUGGUGUUAGGCACUUAUGAUAUAAAGAAAUAUGCAGGCUCUUGUCGAGGCAUUCUUGUUGAGGGGCAUACGUGUACAAGAAAAGUUAAAAGUAACAAGGAUCUACUUCCUGGAGUUGAAGAGCGCUUUUCAAGUAAUUCGGACGAUGAACCUAGCACGUAUAGUUAUAUCGCUAUGGAAUGUCCUAAUAAUCAAUCUGCUGGCCAAUUCUUGCAGUGUUACAUGAAUCAUGGAAGUUCUGUCUUAGUGUUACUUAGUGAGAUAGACUGUUUCCUAGCUGAAAAUUUAACUAAAGGGUGGACAACCAAUAGCAUUCUAAAAUUUGAUUGUGUUGAAUUAGUUGUCAACCACUGUCGUGAUUAUUGUAAAUAUUCUGAAUUUAAAGUUACUUUACGAAGGGACGAUGGUCUAGAAAAAACGAUUGAUAUUUAUUGGUAUAGGGAUUGGCAACAUUACAAAAUCGCACCAAGUGAUGUUAUGUUUCGGUUGAAUUUUAUUGACAAGUCUUGGAAAGAUCAUAUUCAGCGAAUUUCCAAGAACAAUAAUCCCCUCUACAUUGUAACGAGUCCUGGCUACCUCAGUGAUAGCUUGGUCUAUUUUGUGACUACCUCCGUUAUUGAAGAGAUUCAAACAAAUGACUGCGUCAAUAUUCAAAAAUAUAUGGAAAAAAUUCAUCAGGAAGAUUUUUCUAUUUUUCUAACCAAGGCAAUUUCAGGGCUUUUGCAAUCUAAUAAGAUUAACAAUUAUAGCUUGGAUGCCUAUCAUAUCCAGGAUUUAUCGGGUAUACACGUAGUAGCUGCUACUGGUGUAGACGAGGGGCCUACUGAUCUGCUAAACUUGGCAUGGGAUGGUGACUAUUCCGUAAUUAUAACGCUUUGCACUCUUGGGUGCCAUCAUUCGAAAAGAAAAUUUAAAAACUUUUCGGAAGCUGUUGAACGAGAAAAUGUUCACUUCACUAUCUCAAAGAUGACUUUAACUGACUAUGAGACAAAUCAAAAGAAAGCUAUCACUCAUUACCAUUAUUUGCAUUGGAGUCAAGAUGAUAAAGCUGUGGACGAUCAAAUCUAUAUUAAUUACAUUGAAGAAAUUAAAAGAAAUAUAAUAAAAGGUGGUAAAAAUAGUUAUCCCAAGAUAAUCGUUUUUUCCAGACAUACAAGUCAUUGGAAUCGAAUUGGAGUUUUCCUAGGACUGUUCUAUAGAUCCGGGCUAGAUAAUUCAGCGAAUGAGUCAGAUAUUCGAUCAGAUCGCUUUCAAGUUAUGCAUAGAUUUAUUGAAGCAUAA